AUGUCCGCCGACAACGAAGUAGUCAACGCGCAGAGAUUCCAAUCUUCAAUCGGAGCAUCACCUUCCUCCCUCCCGAAACAGAACCACCACCACCAGCCUCCGCUGCCGCCUUUCCUGAUAAACAAUCUCGACAUACCUCAGCCGAACGUCCUCCAAUUUCGCGGCCAAUUCCGCCACCAGGCCUCCCCAAACUCCGGCCUCGACACUACCACCAGUAGACGUCCCGGCAUUCCUCCUUCCCACCCCCAAAUCCCCCCAAUUUCCCCCUACUCUCAGAUCCCCCUCGCCCGGCCUCAAACCGGGCUCCAAAAUUUCGCCGCCAGCUCAGCCCCGUCACACACCCGGUCCCUCUCUCAGCCCUCGUUUUUCGCCCUCGACUCACUCCCGCCGCUCAGCCCAUUUCCCUUCCGGGACUUUCCCCAGAGUUCGCUUUCCGAUGUUCCCAUGGAGGAUGUGUCCCCUUUCGCGAGAACCACCGGCUCGUCAAGAAUCAACGAAAAUCUCCCACCUCGAAAGGCUCACCGGAGGUCCAACAGUGAUAUCCCGUUUGGGUUCUUGCCAGUCGUGCAGUCCUCUUCGCCUUCGCUUUUGCCGUUGAGAAGCCCUGGAGCCGUGGACCGACCGGGACCUCCGAGGGACAACAGUUCGCCAGCUCAGCCCAUGCAGCUAGUCAAGAAAGAGUCCAUCUGGGAGGCCGGCAAUGGAGAAGGCACGGGUGAGAGAAAAUCUGAGGGAGAGGUCGUUGAUGACUUGUUCUCGGCAUAUAUGAAUCUGGAAAACAUCGACGCUUUCAAUUCUUCCGGAACGGACGAGAAGCUCGGAAAUGAGAAUCGGGACGAUUUGGACAGCAGUCGGGCUAGCGGGUCCAAGACAAAUGGGGGUGACAGUAGUGACAACGAGGCCACGAGCAGCAGUGUGAAUGAGAGUGGUAACAGCUUGCAGCAGAAGAGGGAAGGGUUUAAGAGGAGUGCAGGGGAAGAUAUUGCCCCUACCACGCGACACUACAGGAGCCUGUCCAUGGAUAGUUUUAUGGGGAAGAUGAAUUUCGGGGAAGGGUCGCCGAAAAUGCCCCCAUCACCAGGGCCCUUACCUGGCCAGCUGUCUCCAACUAAUUCGGUGGAUGCAAGCUCGAACCCUUUUAGCCUGGAGUUUGGUAAUAGUGAGUUCACGGGUGCUGAGCUGAAGAAGAUCAUGGCGAAUGAGAAGCUUGCCGAGAUAGCAUUGAGUGAUCCAAAGCGGGCCAAGAGGAUAUUAGCCAACCGGCAGUCAGCUGCUCGGUCGAAAGAGCGAAAGAUGAGAUAUAUAGCAGAGUUGGAGCACAAGGUCCAAACUUUACAGACUGAAGCAACUACUUUAUCUGCCCAACUUACUCUGCUUCAGCGAGAUUCUGCUGGACUGACUAGCCAGAACAAUGAGCUGAAGUUCCGGUUACAGGCAAUGGAACAACAGGCUCAACUUCGAGAUGCUUUGAAUGAUGCACUUACGGGUGAGGUACAACGCUUGAAACUUGCAACCACCGAACUAACUGGGGAUGCCUCCAAGUUUCAGCAACUUUCAAUUAGUCCCCAAAUGUUUCAGCUAUGCCAAAAUCAACAGCAGCAGCAGGCAAUGGCUCAAAUGCAACACCAACAGCAACAACAGCAAAAGCAGUCACAACAAUCAAACGGCAAUGGCUCCACAAAGAGCGAGUCGAGCAAAUGA